GACCAAUAUGCAUGGCCAUGGCAUGGCAAUCAUGGAGGAAGGAACCACCCAUAGCCUCCUAUAUACUGAUCAGUAUAUGAACCACCAUGAUUUCAAUAUCACCAAUAUGGUGAACCAUAAUGCCAAUAUUAUACCAUACCAAUAUGGCUAUGCCAUUUUGCAGCAUAUUCGAUACCUCGGUUCCUCGGCAACGUAAAACAACCUGGAUAACGAAAAUACAGCAGAGGCACGAGGCGACACAAAGCUCGCAACGAGAGAGAGUGGUCAAACAUCACGGCCGAAGAAAUCAAAACGGCGGAGACUGAAGAAUGGGAAAAGGAAAGUAAAGAAAAAGUUGCAAAGUAUACACAAGUGAAACCCGAAGUUUGCACAGACCACGUGGCAGCACAGACAGAGCCAUCGUCACGGAACCUCACAAAUUCAACAUUGGAGUUAGACCAAUGGAAUGAUAUUGGAGUCGGUCGCCAACCGGACGGCGCGACUCGCGUACUGUGGUAGUGAAACGUAGUCCAGUGUCCAGUUUCACUACCACAGUCCAACCGCAGUCCAGUGAACUCUGCUCAAACACAAAAAGGGAAGCGACGUACCUGAACUGUGCUACCAGCUGUGCUAUAGGAGACUAGCAUAUGGCCCAUCAGACGGUACGUGUUUUAGACGGCAGUGCCGGAUCAGAACUAAAAAAGCUGGGAUUUGUUCGUGCUAAAGACCCCCUCUGGAGCGCUCGAUGCCUUGUAUCAAAUCCCAGAGCUGUCAUAGACUUGCACAAACGAUAUAUUGAAAGCGGCAGUGACGUGAUUUCUACGAUCAGCUACCAGGCCGGAAUAACGAAUUUGCAGCAACAUCUGAAAAUUAGCAGUGCGGAAGCUGAACGCAUCAUUGCCAGCAGUUAUGAGAUCGCCUGUACGGCAAGACAGGAAUGUCAGCGACCUAAUGUAGUCAUUGCGGGUUCUAUUGGUCCGUACGGUGCAGCCCUGGCCGACUGUUCGGAGUACACAGGAGCCUAUGCCGACCACAUAACCACAGAGGAAUUAAUGGCUUGGCACAAACCACGGCUUCAGUGUUUACAUAGGGUUGGCUGCAACUUAUUCGCUUUUGAGACAAUCCCGGCACUUUUAGAAGGACUGGCACUUACGAGAUUACUCCGGGAGUUUCCAAACGCAAAAGCAUGGUUAAGCUUUUCGUGUCAAGACGGCGAACAUACAGUCAAGGGCGAACUGUUCUCAGAUGUUGUUCAGAAGUGCCUACAGGAAGACGUUGGCCGUCAGCUUGUAGCCAUCGGUGUAAACUGUUGCCCGCCGGAGACGGUCUCAAGACUACUUAAAACCACAGGGAGACUCACAGUUCCGUAUGUGGUGUAUCCAAAUAGUGGAGAGACAUACACCCCAGAAGGCUGGGUUGGAAAACAGGACCUAAAACCUCUUUCGUCGUACGUGAAUGAGUGGAUUGAGCUGAAUGCGCUAUUUAUUGGUGGCUGCUGCAGAACAGGACCAAAAGACAUUGAAGGCAUAGUCAAUGUGGUAAGGCUAAGAAAUGACUGUUCAGCAUAAGUGGUUGAUCCUGUGUUCAAUCUUGAGUUCGAAGUACAUCAGUUUCAUUUGUUGUUG